AUGACCAAUAAUACACCAAAGAAGCGCAAGGCUCCAAUAGAUAUUGACGACCCAUCAAAUGGCGAUGACAUCGAUAAUAAUAAUAUAGAUGAUCUCUUAUCGGAUGAUGACGACGACCAUAAUGAUGACACUGUUGAUAAUGAUGUAUCAAAGAGAUUGAAGCAAGAUGAUGCCACUGCACUCACGGCAAUGUACGACUUUGACUUUGACCUCGAGCCUGUUCAACCAGAGAUGCAACUACUUAGUCGUAUCAACACAAUAAUGGCAAAGUCAUUCGAUAGUGCCACCCACAAGCAGACACCUCCCAUGCUCCUAAUGUCAAUACUCUAUCAAGAGAUCAAAGACAACACAUAUGUAGAUAAGAACAUUGUAGGUAUAUCUGGUUGA